AAAUACGAUAACGAGAUGGAGAUUGGAAAAGGAGCUCGAGGUCACGGACGAUGGCCGACUCGGACUCAGCUAGUGCUAAGCCUAAGGACAAGGCUAAGGCUACGCUAAAUCGGAAUAAGACUAAGUAAGACGGUAAGAGGAAGGAGAGAAACAAGCAAUGGCAGCUCGACCAUCCGGCCCAGAGGAGGCGCGGGAGUGGCUGUGAACAAGGACAGGGUACGGCGGAGAAACUUCGCGAGCUGCAGGCGGCCUUCUCGUUGCCGAGUCUAGAGGAUGCAAUAGACCCUAUGGCUAUGCCAGCUCACUGAGAGAUAUGAAGAACAGACAACACAAUCCAUCCCCAGCGAAGAAAUUCCAAGCAGCAGUAGGGGAAUUAGCAGGUGAAUACGGUAGUACAAGUCACCUUUGACCGCAAAUUCAUGGAGAACUUGGCCUACUCUGCUGAUUUGCUCGCUUCAGGCACACCAGCAUGCUCGAGUGUUUCCACAACCAUAUACUGAUGUAUGCUUCCAAGCGGUAUUCCUUUGACUACCCAGCAAACCGGGCAAGGAAUUUGCUUGCGGUCAUCGACUACAUGGCACACAAGGACAGGCCCGACCAGAUUGAUGAACAAGGCAAUACAAAAUAUGUUGCAGUAUGGUCAAAGCGUGCCAACAACUACGUGGCCCGGAAGGAGAAGGUCCCCAAGACCUACCCCUACAUGUAUGUACAAGGACUCAUCGGUGCGAUACUGGAACGCAGAGAACAGGACCAAGGACCACUGUUCUCGAAGGCUGUUCUGCUCCCUGAUGACCCUAGACACACAAGGCCCCGGCUUGCACCAUUUCCUCCACCACAAGUUGAUGUGAUCCUAGCCAGGAGACUAGGCCGAUUAGAGAAAUCCAUGUAAUCCUCUGUAGUGAACAAUUGGGAUUGUCUGACUUGAGAACUGCUUUUUUUCGAGCAGAGACUAAGGGAU